AUGAAAAAUUUAGCUUUGAAUCAAGUUUUUUUUUUUUUCCUCUUUCUUAUUUUGACAAGCCGCCCAAGACAGAUCUUAUUCUUCUUGAAUAAUCGUUCUUUCCUACCCUUUCAUUUCCCGUCAGCAAGCGAAGCCUUAGAGAGUUGUAAGUUGAUGAGUUUAGAACUUGGUUAUACUUCAGAAAGUGAUUGUGAACAUGAAAAUGAAAAUGAAGUCAUUAAAGAGAACAAAGAAGUAACACAGCCUUCUGUAAUUACACUAGCUACACCUAAAGUGAAAUCGUUGUCGGGAACAUUCCAAGAGGAGGUAAUCAGCACACGAAAAUUUGAGCUUAAUAGAAGGAAGUUUUUCAAUGGUACCGGAAUUGGGGGGAUUGAUGGAAGGAAAAGGAAAUUAUCCAACGAUGUUGAUCUUGCAACGUCUAAGGAUAAACUGCCUGAAUCAAAAAGAAAGGCAAAAGGAGACGUUUCAGUCUUGGAAGGUCAAGACAAAUUCGUUGGUUCAUGGGGUACUGAUGAGUCUUCCGAAAAUGAAAGUGAAGGUGAUUGUACAGCUAAACUUGAAAGUGAAAAUAUGAAUCUGGCGUUACCAGAAGAAACACCAGAACAAUUCACGGAGUUUACGGAGUCAUCAACCUUUUAUGGAGGUAUACCUAACAAAUCCAGUAUCUUUGAUUUGCCGCAAGAUUAUCAAAUACGAUUUGCAACUACAGUGCCCGGCCAAAAGGAGUACUAUGUUCCCAAGAAAGUUGCAAGUUCAUUUAAAGCACACAAGUCUACAGUCACAUCACUUCAAUUUUUCCCAAAUAUGGGACAUUUGAUACUAUCAUCGGGGAGCGAUGGAAUAAUCAAGCUUUGGUCAACUACAAAGCAGAAACUCAUAAGAGAUUAUGUGGCACAUGCCAAAGCUGUCAAAUAUGUGAGCUUUUCGGAGGAUGGCCAUUAUUUUAUUUCAUGUUCCUACGAUAAGACCAUUAAAAUUUGGGAGACAGAGACGGGUAAUAUGAGAUACAAGCACAAAGUGAAAUCGAAUCCGAAUAUGUGCACCUUUGUUCCCGGUAAGGAACACGAGUUUAUGGCUGCACUGGAUAAUUGUACUGUGGUACACGUUAAUUGGCAUACGGGGGAGCUUGUUCAACUUUACGAACACCAUGAACGUCCAGUCCUGUGGAUCGAAUUUAUCAACAAUGGCACACAGUUUGUGACUUCAUCCGAUGACAGGACACUUAAAAUAUGGGAUCUACAGAUUAACAUGCCGAUAAAGUAUAUUGCCGACCCUAGACAACACGCCAUGCCUGUAGUAAAGGCGCAUCCAACCUUCCCAUUCUUUGUGGGUCAAAGUAUGGAUAACCAGGUUCUUGUUUACAGUACUCGGCAAAAGGACAAGUUCAAAAAAAACAACAACAAGUCGUUCAAAGGCCACAAUACAGCCGGCUACUCUAUCCGGUUAGGUUUCACACCAGAUGGAAAAACUUUAAUGAGCGGUGACUCUACAGGGUACUGCUACUUUUGGGAUUGGAAAACGUGCAAACUUGUCAAAAAAAUCAAAGUUGCCAACAAUGUGCUUACAAAUAUUGAUGUCCAUCCCUUGGAGACAAGCAUGGUUGUACUUGCCGGUUACGAUGGUGAUAUCUAUAUAUUGAAUUGA